AUGGGAUAUAGAGAAGGGUGUAUGGCACAAUUGGCGGAAGAAGUCCAAGCAGGGAAGAAAGUGGGAGUAGAUGCGGACGAGGAGAGUGGAAGGAUCCGUCGCUUCUCGUGGCAGGAGAGCAUGGAACGGUCUGAAGGUCUGAGGACGUGGAUGACUCAUCCCAGCACCGCAAACAAGUCAGACCAGGGCCCAUCGCGCGAGCAGAUGUUCGGGCUGUUCUCGAGGAGCCCGGGGGAUUAUGACGGUUCGUCAGCCCACUCCUCUCCCAGCCUGGGAAACUUUGAGCGGAGCCGUGAGCCGAGGCUGAGCCAGGACUGGCUGCUGCUGAAUGGCACGGACGACACAGACCUGUUCUCGCAGGAGUCUCCUGACCUCUCCUGCCUGGGUAAGGUGACCGAGGGUGGGGUUGACGAUGAGACUGAGCAGCCGACGCUCUCCAAAGAGUACGAUCCCCACAGCAAUUUCCGGGUCUACGUCGGUGAAGAUACAUACCUGCUCGUGCCUCUCAUCAGACUGGAUCGAGGGAAGGCUGCAGGAGCGGAGGAGGACAUCCAGAAGAGUGUCGUCGUCGACAGGUCGGCGAGGACGGUGACUGGAGUGUCCGAAGGCCAUGUGAAUCACCUCAAGGCUCGCUGUAGGGAUGUGAUCGUAGCCAAGGGCCUCUUGGGGAUCGUCAAGCUUGAGUGGGACUCCUACCUCGUGCUCCUGAUGGCGUCGGAGCUGGUGGGGAACCUGCCGCAGGGGGAGCUGAGGAGGAUCUCAGAGACGAAACUCCUUCCGAUGAACCUGGACAGUAGGCUCAACACGCCUUCCAACGACCCCAGCCGCAUGAAUGCGAACAAUACAGGAGCUGGCAGCAGCAGCCCCGCUGACCUGAGCAUGGGAGUGCUGUCAAAGCACUCCUUCAUCCAUCGGAGCUUCAAGGACCUGCUCAAGUCAGGAUGGCUGAUAUUCUCUUGGUCCUUUGACCCUACUCUCUCACAGCAGCAGCAUGGGAGUAGGUCCCUCCGCCAGAGUGCCAACCAGGCAGCUGAGUUCGAGGGCGGCUGGGAAGGGUUUCAGCACACCAAGGACAGCUAUGCAAAGUACGAGAAGGAUUGGGGGUGGAACUCAAGGUUUGUGUGGAACAUCUCCUGGCUGAAGCCGUUCCUGGAGGCGUCGGAAAGACACCCAGCGGUCAAGAAGUUCGUCCUUCCGGUGAUCUAUGGCUAUGCAAGGAUCGUCAAGUGCAAGCUGGACAACGUCCCCAUCCAGCUCUCGUUGAUCGCCCGCAGAUCGCGCAAGAGAGCAGGAGUCCGGUUCUUCCGCCGAGGGAUCGACGAUGAGGGCAACGUCGCCAACUUUGUGGAGACGGAGCAGGUCGUCCAGGUUGCCAACAUGAUCAGCUCGUUCGUCUGUGUUCGUGGCUCUAUCCCCCUCUACUGGAAGCAAGAAUCCUCGGACUGGACGCAGCUGAAGCCGAGGUUGGAUCUCGAUCAUGGAAGCGACCAUGCUGCGCUGGCUCCAGGAAGCAACGACCGAGCAGAGACCCCAGCUCGGUCAGAGCAGCCGCAAGGCACAGGGACGAUGAAGUUCCGUCAAAACGUUGCUCUGCAGUUACACUUCGAGCGGCUUCGCGAGUACUACGGCUCGAUCCUCGUGCUGAACCUGGUAGAGCAGCACGGAGGCGAGGCCCAGCUAGGCGCUCUCUUCAAGCGCACGCUGUCCAUGUAUGUGAACAGCGUAGCAUCGCCUCGUCCUCCCUCUCCUCCUCCUCCUUCUCCUCCUGUCCCCCAUCUUCACGCUGCCUCCUCUUCUCCUCCUCUUCGCUGGUCAACUACGCAUGCUCUCUUGCCAUACGUGGGCUCGACGUCUCCAGAAGAUCAUGUGGGCGAUCUGCAAAGGGCGAGGGAUAGCAGUGAAGAGGAGGUCGAGCAGUACGGGCAUCAAGCCGCGCGUGGUGAGGAUGAAGGGCAAGCGGUGAAGUACUACGAGUUUGCAUUGCAUUCGAAGCUCGAAGGAGAUUGGAGCCUGGGCCAAGUUGAGCUGCAGUCGCUGUUUGGGAUCGGACUGUCGGAGCUCUUGGAUUGCGGCGUCUUCAUAUCGAGUCUGGAAAAACCAGAGAAGGAAAGUCUCUCCUUCCGAACCAAGAGAACUUUCUGCGAGAUUCUUGGACAGCAGACGGGCGUCUUGCGAGUCAACUGCAUCGACUGUCUGGACAGGACCAACGUUGCUCAGUCGAUCGUUGCUCGCUGGAUGUUAGCCAAGCAACUUGAGCUCAUGGGUGUGAUCAUGGAUGAGGAGGGCAAGGCGAUCGCGCGAGGCGACACGUCCUGUUUCCCAGCUCUUCAGGACUCCCUGGUCCAUCUUUGGGCGGACCACGGCGAUGUCCUCUCCCUCCAGUACGCCGGCUCGCAAGCUCUCCAAUCAGACGUGACGAGGACGGGAAGGAGAACACUGCACGGUCUGCUUGUCGACAGCGUGUUCUCGAUGCAACGAUUCGUGCAGCGAUCGUUGUAUGACAGCUCCAUCCAAGAAAUGCUUGACUGGAUCCUCAACGAGACAUGGCCUCCGCUUCUGCUAGAGCUCGAGGAUGCCGAUACUCUGGGCAAGGGCCAGCGCCUCCGGGCUCACGGCGAGCAGGAGAGGGGGGGCGGAGGAGGGAGCAUUCAGCAGGAGGAAGUUCGACGAAGCACCAGGGAGGAGGAGGAAGUUCGGAGGAAGUCAACAGGGUUCGCUGCCCUGCUUGAGCCAACACAGGACAUGCCCAAGAACCUGGUCAACAUGAACUGGCUGGACCUCGCGGGCAAGUACGUAGCCGCCGCUCCUCCCCGCUCCUCCCCGCACUCACCUGUCCUCCUCCCCAGCCUCGGCUUCCGCCAUGGCAGCCAGCUCCAGGGCAACGAUCAGAAUUCUCCUCGUGCUGCUGCGGAGCCGCGGGCUGCGUCGCCCUCGGCGAACAUCACGUUUGCCGAGGACAGCGAAGAAGGCUGGGAGAUGAUCCUUACGUUUUGA